GUGACAGGUCGAUAGGCUCAAGUUCCUUCACCAGGUGGUGCUUCUGCAGUUGUCGACAACUGUUGUUUUGAUAAACUUGAAAGAGCAAAAUUGGAAAAAAUUAAUAAUUGUACAAGCGGAUUUUUAAAAAUUUGUUGUUGCUCUACAUAACAUUAAAAUGGCAUCGAGUUCAUCAAAAUCGUCCUUAAAGCUAAUGGGAUCUGCUAAGAAAAUAGAUUCACCGCUUGCCAAGUACAACAGUGCUGGACAGCUGACUUGCAUCGUGUGUAAUAGCGUUGUCAAAAAUGAAUUGGUCUGGACCGCCCACGUCAAUGGAAGACUACACCGAGAAAAAGUACUUUCUUUGAAAAAUCCCAAAGUUGAAGCACAGUUCACCAAGCCUCAAAUUAUUCCUGCUGUCAAACGGAAAGCAGACUCAAUAACUACUAAUGGUUCCUCAGCUUCACCAUCCAAGAAAGGAGUUCCGAAAGAUUUUUUUGAUAACCAACCUCCUAAUUUCAUUGCCCCAAUGCCAAUCAAAAGCAUCCUAAAAAACUCAACAAAACCCAAGUAUGAUUCUAAUGUAGUCAAAAUUGAAACACCUACCUUAAUUGAGGACAUGGAAACUGACGAUGCACCUGAAGUGUCCUCUCAGACACCAAGUGGAACUGAAAUAUCCCCUUCACAGCCAGGAGAUGCUAUUUCUUCUAAUGCCAUACCUGAGGGCUUUUUUGAUGACCCUAAGAUGGAUGCCAAGGUUCGCCAAAUUGAAUUCAAAGACCCUGUAGAAGAAGAGUGGAACAAGUUCCAGAAAGAAAUUGGUGAUGAAGUUACAGCAUCAGUUGCCAUCCAAGAGGAAGAUCAGGAAGAAUCUACAGCUGAAAGACAGCUGGAAGAAAUUGAAGAGCAAAUGAUAAAGUGGGGGAGAGUUCUUGAGCUGGAACAAAAGAAAGAAUUGUAUGGCCAGCGUGUUCGAGCUAUUCGUGAAUCGAUGGUAGAGGAGAAAGAGACAAGUUCAAGCGACGAGGACGACGCUGAAAUGGAUAAAUUCUUUGAUUGGCGAUCGAAGGCUACAUGAUCAUUUGUCCACAUACGUCCUGCAAAAUGUUGAUGUUAAAUAUACCGGAAAGCACGAUUUGAUAGUUAGAUUUAUAAUGUAUUUCAGUUAACUGAACAACAUCUAUUGCCACAUCAAUUAUAUUACGCAUAUCCCGCACCACUUCAGCAUUGCAUCAUUCCGAGAAAAAAGGAAAACAUAAAACUUUUGCUAACUGAAGUCCAAAGGACGAUGAGCACACAUGGCGAAAUU